CCUUCCGCUUCAAUUCCCUUGGUAGAUUUCUCCUCUUCAAUUCCCUUGGUAGAUUUCUCCUGCUUCAGCUUCACACCGAACCAAGUUACACAGAUUCGCGUAGCAUGGACUUGGCAUGGCUUGAUCACCCUUCGGUCGAUCUCGAUCUCACCAUCGGCUCUAUUCGGUUCGGCAGCGAGCCACCGGCGAAAGCUAAGCAUGCCGACGAGAAGUUCUCCCGCGGCGAAGACCAAAAAGAGAUGACGGCUCUUGAGGCGGAGCUCGGCCGCGUGAACGAGGAGAACAUGAGACUGAAGGAGAUGCUCGCUUCCAUGGCCGCCAAGUACAGCUCGCUCCGGAAUCAGAUGACUGGUCCCGUGUCCGACAACACUUCUUCCGAAGGCGGGUCGGUCUCGCUUGGGACGAAGAGGAAGAGAGACACCCUCGACUCUGCUACCACCGGGCAUGACGACGCCACCGAGAUCGGCAAGAGAGACCACAUGGAGAGCACCACCAGCGACGAUUCUUGCAAGCGAAUUAGGGAAGAGCUCAAGCCAAAAGUUUCCAAGCUAUAUGUUCGCACGGAUCCAUCUGAUACGAGCCUCGUGGUGAAAGAUGGCUAUCAAUGGAGGAAAUAUGGGCAGAAGGUAACCAGAGAUAACCCCUGCCCAAGAGCAUACUUCAGAUGCUCGUUUGCUCCAUCUUGCCCCGUCAAGAAGAAGGUGCAAAGAAGCGCAGAGGACACAUCCAUGUUGGUGGCGACGUACGAGGGCGAGCACAACCACGGGCAGCCCUCUCAACCUGCAGGUCCGCAUGGAUCCAUCCGCAGCAGCGUGGUUUCCGGUCACCUAUCUCCUGCGCCGUCGAAGCCACGACAGGAGGUCGAGUCGCCGGAGCUGCAGCGCAGCUUGGUGGAGCAGAUGGCCGUGUCGCUGACCAACGAUCCGGCAUUCAAGGCUGCGCUUGCGGCAGCCAUUUCCGGGAGGAUGUUUCAGUCAUGCAGUUGACCGAUUUGCCUUUCCUCAUCAUUCUAAUUAUUGCUUUUGUUUUUGUUGCUGAUCGAGAUGAUGUUGUACAUAUAAAUCUUUUCUAAGAAGAGAAGAAAACUUCUUUCAA